CAAAAAAAAAAAACCACACGGAAGAAAGGAGAGGAAGCUGCCUGCUAGACAGCCGUAUCAAAGAAAAGCACCGUAAAAAUAAAAAGGUCGGACUUGAGCUUCAACUCUUGUCCUUUUCGGUUAAGAAUAAAACGCCCAAACCGCCACCGACAUGUCGAAGAACACCGCCACAGCCCGCUUCAGGCGAGUGGACGUGGACGAGUACGACGAGAACAAAUUUGUGGACGAGGAGGACGGAGGAGAAAACCAGCUCGGUCCUGACGAGGCAGAGGUGGACUCCCUCAUCAGACAAGGAAAUCUCAUGGAGGCUUUACAAGCAGUUCUGAAGAACCCGCCAAUCAACACAAAGAACCAGAACGUCAAGGAUCGUGCAGAGGGUUUGGUGCUGAAGGUGCUUAGCGCCUUUAAGAGCAGUGACAUUGAGAAAGGGGUGCAGUCCCUCGAUAAGAACGGCGUGGACCUGCUGAUGAAAUACAUCUACAAAGGCUUCGAGAGGCCGUCAGAAAACAGCAGCGCAGUCCUACUGCAGUGGCAUGAAAGGGCUCUGGCAGCUGGAGGAGUGGGCAGCAUCGUCAGGGUACUAACAGCGAGGAAGACGGUCUAAAAGAGGAGUGGAGGAUCAGUUCACUCUACAUUACUGACAGAUACAGGGGGGUGCAUCUGUACUGAACUGUUCAUGUAAUCUAACAAAUGGCAUAGGGACUAACAGGAAAAACUGACUUUUAACCUGACGUGAUCCUGCUGCGUUCAAGGCUAGACUAAAAAAGACUGAAUAGCUGGGUCACAUUAUGUUAAAAAUAGGUUUUCUUCUUUCUUCCCAUGCGUGAUCACAGCCUACUAAAUCGUAUUCCUCACAGGGUGCUACAGAUAACUUCAUACCCCAUGUGUCUGUGCUGCUUCCCUGAUGCUUCCUAUUUACAGUAUCCCCCUCCUCUCUCCAUGUCAUUCCUAUACAGUGGUUCCCAACCUAGGUGAGAUAAAUCUUGCUGAAUCCAGAAAACACAUAGUCUUGCUACACAAAAUUACUUUUAUUUUUUGAGACUUUCCUCUAAUCUAUUUUGGAUCAAAAAAUAGCUCCAUGUUUGAACCGGUCAAAACCCGUAGACAUAUGUAACUGUGACAAGGAGUCACAAGUUACACCCCCUUCGUUUUAAGCGGUCACAAGCCUAAAGGGUUGGGAGCCACUGCUAUAAACAGUACCUACACCCUCAUAUGAACAAACAUAAUGACUCCUAGCAAUGUAUCCUCCAUUGACUUCCACACAAACACACAGAAGGUUUCAGCUUUGUUUCUCUUGAGAAAACUCUGUGUUUGUUUUCCAUCAUUCUCUUGUUUUAUCUCUGCAGUAGAGACUUCCUGAUGGAAUAAAAGCCUGAUUAUCUGUCACUAAAUCCUCUCAUUGCCUCUCCCUAUAACACUUAAGCAGCAGGAGUCUCCUAAAAGCACAGUCACAGAUGGAGGGUGGUGGAUUUGCUCGGGGGGGUCGCCAUGUACCCUGAUGGAGCUUAUCUAUCCAUCCUUUCACGCUUCCUGCUGCCGCAGUUAAGGAUUAUUACCCACGAUGCAUCUCCACCACCACUGUUAUUAAUCCCAUAUUACCGUUCCUCACAUCCUGUGUAUGUCUGACUUUCUCAUGCACCCUCUGCUACUGUACAGGGCAUUAUGUGGUUCUGCUGGUACUGUUUAUAGGAGCUGCAUUUUUUCUUUACUGUCAGGAAAAUGACCCUGAGAAUCCUUUCUGAGAUUGGGGUGUUUUUUUUUUUUGGUAUUUAACAGAAAUAUAAUCUAGGAUUAAACAUUUUCCUUGGUUUUGUUAUUGUUUUAUGGUAAUGAUUGUUGCUUCAAGGCCAAAUCCCUACUUAAUCGAAAUUAAAAACACAGCUUAAAAGUGUUGACAAUAUCAGAGAGACUAAAAUAAGAUAAUGAAUAUUUUGUCUUUCUCAAAAUAGAGAGGGAAUUUUAUACGAUUAAAAAAAAUAUAUAUAUAUAUAUCGUUUGCAUGAUCCCACUUUUGAGAUUGAGUAAUUUCUCAAGCAUUUCAUACCUGUCUUUUGUACAUGUUAUGUCUCUGUUCUGGAAGAAUUCAGUGAUUUUUGUAUUGAAUCUGAGUUUAAAUUUAUGCUUGUUCAUUCAAACAAAUCCUCCACUCGUGGUAUUGUCUGGCAGUAGAAAGUCAUAAAGUUAAUAUCACACAUACUUAUAAUUUCCAUAUGUUUUAAAAAAAAAGGAAAACUGGAAAUAUAAAAGUUUUACCUGCCUUAUUGGGUAGAUUACGUCUGUUGCCAAAUUAUUUAUUUUGCUUUCAUGGAGAUAAUAUAGCUUACACUGACGAUUUAGUUGCCAUUGUGUGUUAGAGAAGAAUUUUUAAAGACAAAGUGAUGGCGGGAUAACUAAACGCUAUACGUGAACAUAAAAACAAAGUGUGUUACGGUUCAAAAAGUUGCUGUUGAAAAUAAGCAACCUUAUGUAAACCUAGUGAUGAGGGGAAUUCAAUUUCAGCAUAAUGUUUUUUUUCUGCUCAAUUCUAUUCAAACACUGAGUGGAAUUUCUCAAUGGAUGUUACUUUUUCUAAAACACAAUAGUAUCAUCACAGUUGUGUUUUACUCACGAGUUAUCACCAGUUGAUAUUUAGACAUGGAUUUUCAUGUUUGAAUACUGUCAUCAGUGAUGAUGCAUCCAGACAUUAGAUUCCUUUUCUAAUGCAGUAAUGUCUAGUUUUACAUAAAAACUAAAAGGAGAACGACCUCGUUUCUUCUUCUGUUUCAUGUAUUCUAGGCAGAGAUGCUCUUCAAGCCGAGGGCGAGAAGACAAGGGAACAUACCAAACUGAUGUACAAACUGCCUUACUCGAUGUUCCUUUUUUAUGUUUGUGCUUUUUUGACAAAAAAAAAUAAAAGGUAUGAAUGCUGAUCAUAA